UGCAACACGGAGAUAUUUUGUGCGCAGUAGCUUACUUGGCCGGCUAGCUAAAUGGUGGCAGUGUGAGGGACAUUGGAUGACUUUGUACCUGUAUUAGCAGUUAGCUGGCUAGUUACUGACUAGUUAGCGCGUUUAUUUGACAGGUACUACAUUUUCAGAGCCAUGGAAGCUCUUAUUCCUGUCAUCAAUAAAUUGCAAGAUGUGUUUAAUACAGUUGGUGCGGAUAUUAUCCAGCUGCCGCAGAUAGCUGUUGUUGGAACGCAGAGUAGUGGGAAGAGUUCAGUGCUGGAGGCUCUGGUGGGUCGCGACCUCUUACCCCGCGGUACCGGCGUUGUCACCCGUCGCCCCCUCAUCCUCCAGCUGGUCCACGUCGACCCGGACGACCGUAGGAAGACCAGCGAUGAGAAUGACCCCAAUGUGUGGAGAAAUGGGCGCCUUUACAAAGGCAUUGAUGGAGAGGAAUGGGGCAAAUUUCUACACACCAAAAACAAGAUCUACACAGACUUUGAUGAAAUCCGACUGGAGAUUGAAGCUGAAACGGAAAGAGUUUCCGGCAAUAACAAGGGAAUCACUGAUGAGCCCAUUCACCUGAAGAUCUUCUCCCCUCACGUAGUAAACCUCACGCUGGUGGAUCUGCCAGGGAUCACUAAGGUCCCGGUGGGAGACCAGCCUAAAGACAUAGAGGUGCAGAUUAAAGACUUGAUCCUCAAGCACAUCUCCAACCCCAACUCCAUCAUCCUGGCCGUCACGGCCGCCAACACUGACAUGGCCACAUCGGAGGCCCUCAAGCUGGCCCGCGAGGUCGACCCGGAUGGCAGGAGGACGUUGGCGGUAGUGACCAAACUGGACCUGAUGGACGCCGGGACUGAUGCGAUGGAUGUUCUGAUGGGCCGGGUCAUCCCCGUCAAGCUGGGCCUCAUCGGAGUGGUCAACAGGAGUCAGUUGGAUAUCAACCAGAAGAAGUCGGUGGCCGAUGCCAUCCGGGACGAAUACGCCUUCCUACAGAAGAAGUAUCCGUCGCUCGCCAACAGAAACGGGACCAAAUACCUGGCCCGAACAUUGAACAGGCUGUUGAUGCACCAUAUCAGGGACUGUCUCCCGGAGUUGAAGACCCGUAUCAACGUGCUGGCAGCCCAGUACCAGUCCCUGCUGAGCAGCUACGGGGAGCCUGUAGAGGACCAGAGCUCCACUCUGCUCCAGCUCAUCACCAAGUUCGCUGCGGAGUACUGCCACACCAUCGAGGGCACCGCCAAGUACAUAGAGACGACAGAACUUUGUGGUGGAGCGCGGAUCUGUUAUAUUUUCCAUGAGACGUUUGGUCGUACUUUGGAGUCAGUCGAUCCGCUUGGAGGCCUGACCACGAUUGACGUGCUUACUGCUAUUAGAAACGCUACAGGCCCGCGGCCAGCCCUGUUUGUGCCAGAGGUGUCGUUUGAGCUGCUGGUGAAGAGGCAGGUGAAGAGACUGGAGGAGCCCAGCCUGCGCUGUGUGGAGCUGGUCCACGAGGAGAUGCAGAGGAUCAUCCAGCACUGCAGCAACUACAGCACACAGGAGCUGUUGAGGUUUCCAAAGCUCCAUGAUGCCAUCGUAGAAGUGGUCACCUCCCUCCUCAGGAAGAGGUUGCCUGUCACCAAUGAAAUGGUCCAUAACUUGGUGGCCAUUGAGCUGGCCUAUAUCAACACCAAGCAUCCAGACUUCGCGGACGCCUGCGGCCUCAUGAACAACAACAUAGAGGAGCAGAGACGGAAUCGCAUGCGAGAGCUUCCAUCCUCGGUUCCCAGGGAUAAGUCGUUUAAGGGCCCAGGUGGUCAGUCUCUCUCCCCCACGGAUCUUCCUCCCCAGGAGGGAGAGGGACCCAAGGCUGCAGGGGGAGGCUUCCAGGGAGAGCAAGAGGGGGGAGGGACAGGGAACUGGAGAGGCAUGCUGAAGAAGGGAGAUGAGGGGUCAGCAGGAGACAAGUCCUCCAACCCUGCCAGUCCUCAGAGGGGCCACGCUGUCAACUUGCUGGAUGUGCCUGUUCCUGUUUCCAGGAAGCUGUCAGCGAGAGAACAAAGGGAUUGUGAGGUCAUCGAGAGGCUCAUCAAGUCCUACUUUCUGAUCGUCAGGAAAAACAUCCAAGACAGCGUGCCCAAGGCAGUGAUGCACUUCCUGGUUAACCAUGUGAAGGACAGCCUCCAGAGUGAGCUGGUUGGACAGCUGUAUAAGGCCGGCCUCCUGGACGACCUGCUCACUGAGUCUGAAGACAUGGCCCAGAGACGCAACGAGGCUGCGGACAUGCUCAAGGCCCUGCAGAAAGCCAGUCAGGUGAUUGCAGAGAUCAGAGAAACACACCUGUGGUGAGGGUUUCUACCUCCAUGUCCUCCCACUCCCACAUGGACAUUAAGCUCUAAGCCCUAAACCCUCUGCCCUAGGCCCUAAACCCUCUGCCCUAAGCCCUGUUCGGUCUCAAACCUCCCGGGACUGCGGAGACCGCCGACAGGACAAUGCACUGGUGCAUUAUUGCGUCUCAGUUCUCCAUCCUCCUCAUUCAGUGUACUCUCCCCUGUCCUGUUUUAACAGCAAUGUCUGGUGCAGACUGGAGGGAGGACAUCUCCUCUUCCUCCACCUGCAGAAAUAUUGUUGUAGUGCGCACUUGUGUAGGAGUGUUUUUUUUUUAUUGUCUGUUAUAUGGACUUCACCUACGCGAAGGGCAGCAGUAUUAAUCAGUUUUCCAACACCAAACCAUACCACAUCACAGCACAUCAAACCUCAUCAAGCCGCACCGCACGAUUUGAGCGCCCGAAUCCAAAAUCUUUCAUACGGUAUAUAAUGCUGAUCGGAGGAUUGCCUACUGAGGAAUGUUUGUCCCUAAAUGUAGAGAUAAAUUAAAGUUAAAAUGACAAACCUUA